AUGGUGACCAAGGCAGCGGCCGUGUCACAUUCAUUAUCAUCAUCCUGGACGUCCAUUAGCAAGUGGAUCGCGAACAUAAGCAUAAAUCAAGCCCAGGUCCAGGGUGCCCGCCUCCGACAACCGAGCACAGCACGGCCAUACCACGCGGCAGUGUGGCCCUCCUACGGCAUCACCACUCCCGUUCCCGACCAGCCAUUCGUCCCCCCCAAAUCGCCAUUUCGAUUCGAGACUGGCUACGCUUUAUGUGCUAAACGACCUCCACGACCCUUCCCUCCACCUUUCCUUUCCCCGCCCUCUUCGUCCUUCUCGGAUCCUUUGACGACACACGGGCUAAGCCAGGAUAAGAGAUUAUCCGUCAAGGGCGAGCUAGUCCGCGGCCUGAACAACGGAGACGAUGCGAUCAUCGUCGCGGAGAACUUCAUAGGCGUCGACGAUGGCGUAGGCGCCUGGGCGACAAAACCUCGUGGUCAUGCUGCACUCUGGUCUAGACUCCUAUUACACUUCUGGGCCCUCGAAGUCGAAAAGAAUGUCGAUCACCGCAUGUCCACCCUCGACCCGGUCGGAUACCUGCAGUAUGCAUACGAGGAGACCUUGCGGGCAACCACAUCUCCUACUGAGUGGCUCGGCACGACAACCUCGGCCACUGCCAUACUACACUGGACCAAGGAACAAGACGGGACACAGAAGCCAUUGCUGUACGUUACAAACCUGGGCGAUUGUAAGAUCCUCGUGAUUCGACCAAGCGAGAAGAAAGUCUUUUUCCGCACUGCUGAGCAGUGGCAUUGGUUCGAUUGUCCCAUGCAGCUUGGAACAAACAGUAUCGACACACCCCGGAAAGAUGCAGUCUUGUCCAAGAUUGCGGUGCAGGAAGACGACGUCGUCCUGGCGCUCUCGGAUGGCGUCAUGGAUAACCUCUGGGAGCAUGAGGUCCUGAAAGUCGUUAUGGACAGUAUCGACAAAUGGGAGGAAGGGCGCACGACGCCAAAGGACGCUGCGCAACACCCUCAUAUGUCUGAUGAUCGCAAUGUCUAUGUCGCCCGGGAACUGCUUAAUGCCGCUCUGACGAUUGCCCAGGAUCCCUUCGCGGAGAGUCCCUUCAUGGAGAAGGCAGUGGACGAGGGUCUGGCUAUUGAAGGAGGCAAAAUGGACGAUAUCUCCGUCGUGGUCGCAUCCUGUAAGAAAAGUGAUGGAUGA